UCUCCAGAACCUUUUAUAGAAAGAACGAAGAACAUGGUUUUGUCUUCAACCCUAAGUUUUUGAUAGGCGUGUGUGAAACUUCGAUUUCGGGGUUGAGGAGGAAUUGGUGGAAGUAAGUCUUAGGUAUCAGAUGGCAUGGAGCAGAUCAUCAAAUUGGUGCAGACUGAGGUUGAUAGCAAAGGUUGGGAUUUGUUAUUGUCUUGUUCUAGCCUUGGCAUCUGUUUCAGAAAGUUUAGAGCAACAAACUUCUUCUAGUCAGAAUCAUGGGAAGGAGGUCGAAUCUAAUUACUUAACCAACGUUUCAAAAUCACAGACCAGUGGAGUUGCUGGCUAUAAGCAUGUCUGGCCUGAUAUAAGAUUUGGCUGGAAAAUUAUGGUUGGUACAGUAAUUGGAUUUCUUGGAUCAGCAUUCGGAAGUGUUGGAGGUGUUGGAGGGGGUGGCUUUUUUGUGCCAAUGCUCACUCUGAUUAUUGGCUUUGACCAGAAAUCAUCAACUGCAAUAUCAAAGUGUAUGAUUACCGGCGGAGCAGCUGCCACUGUCUUGUACAAUCUAAGGAAAAGGCAUCCUACAUUAGAGUUGCCACUCAUCGAUUACGAUCUAGCACUUCUAUUCCAACCAAUGUUAGUACUGGGGAUCAGUAUUGGAGUUUCUCUGAAUGUUGUUCUUGCUGAAUGGAUGAUCACCAUCUUACUAAUUAUCAUUCUCUUAGGUUUAUCGACCAAGUCUUUCUUCAAAGGCGUAGAGACAUGGAAGAAAGAAACUAAAACCAAAAAGAUUUUACUGGAUGCUUCCAAAUGCUUGGAAUCAAAAGACGUUGAAGACAGACAUAGUCCAAGUGGUGAAAGCAAUGACCCAACACAAACCAAGCAAGUUAAAAGAAGAGAGGUUUCUAUUCUUGAAAAUGUUUGCUGGAAGCAACUUGGAAUUAUUGCUACUGUGUGGGUCAUAAUUCUUGGGUUGCAGAUUGCUAAGAAUUAUGUGACAAAAUGUUCAGUGGCAUACUGGUCACUAAAUCUCUUACAGAUUCCUGUGACUGUUGCAGUAACUUCAUAUGAGGUAAUUAAACUUUCCCAGGGGAAGAGAAUACUUGCAUCGAAGGGAUCAGAAAUAGGUGAAAAGUGGAGUGUGUACAAGCUUGUUUCUUAUUGUUCCUGUGGCCUAAUAGCUGGAUUAGUUGGUGGACUGCUUGGUCUUGGUGGAGGGUUUAUUAUGGGUCCAUUGUUUUUGGAAAUGGGGAUCCCUCCUCAGGUGUCGAGUGCCACAUCCACAUUUAUCAUGGCAUUCUCUUCAUCCAUGUCUGUGGUAGAAUACUACCUCCUAAAUCGAUUUCCAGUUCCUUAUGCUCUCUAUUUUGCUGGUGUGGCUACUGUUUCUGCAAUCAUAGGACAACAUGUAAUAGGGAAAGUAAUCAAAGCAUUAGGAAGAGCAUCUCUGAUCAUCUUCAUUCUAGCUUUCACAAUAUUUGUGAGUACACUCACAUUAGGAGGGGUAGGCAUAGAACACAUGGUAAAGAAGAUUGAGCGGAAGGAGGACUUGGGUUUUGACAAAAUGUGCGCUCAUAAAUCGUAAUCUUCUAACUCUUCGCUUAAUGACUUCCUUCCCGCCCCAAGCAUCAACAUUCUUCCUACUCUUUAAGUCAUAUACAAGUUAUGAUUUUAGGCAUGAGAGGAAUGCAACGCCUGCUCUCAAAUACUAAAUUCAAGUUCUAGGAUCUGACUUUGUAUAGUGUUCUGUUGUUACUUCGCAUAGAACACCACUGCUACUUUUGUAUUGUUGAUUUUGUUCUCAAGUAGUGAAGUUAGAAAACACUUCAUACAUUUU